AUGGAAAGAUGGUGGUUCGAUUCAAUACUGUUUAAGAAAGGGUUCGAACACAGGUGUGGUCUAAGUAAAUCAAUGGGCGGUCUUGGUCCUAUUGAAAAUACCAGUGAAAGUGAAGAUCCGAAUAGAAAUGAUAUGAAAAAAAAUAGCCAUAGUUGGGGCAGUCGUGACAAUUCUAGUUACAGCAAUGUUGAUUAUUUAUUCGGCGUCAAGGACAUUUGGAAUUUCAUCUCUGAUGAAACUUUUUUAGUUGUGGAUAGGAAUGGGAACAGUUAUUCCAUAUAUUUGGAUAUUGAAAAGCAUAUUUUCGAGAUUGAUAGUGGUCAUUUUUUUCAGAGUGGACUAGAAAGUUCUUUUUAUAGUUAUUGGAAUUUGAGUUAUCUAAAUAAUGGAUCUAAGACUGACGAUCCUCACGAUGAUCAUUACAUGGAUGAUACUCAAUAUAGUUGGAAUAAUCACAUUAAUAGUUAUAUUGACAUUUAUCUUGAGUCUCAAAUCUUUAUUGAUACUUACAUUGUAAGUGGUAGUGACAAUUACAGUAACAGUUACAUUUCUCGUUCCGUUUGUGGUGAAAGUGAAAGUAAGGGGUCCAAUAUAAGUACCAGCACGAAUGGUAGCACUAUAAUAGAAAGUUCCAAUGAUCUGGAUAUAACUCAAAAAUACAGACAUUUAUGGGUUCAAUGUGAAAAUUGUUAUGGAUUAAAUUAUAAGAAAAUUUUAAAAUCAAAAAUGAAUCUUUGUGAACAAUGUGGAUAUCAUUUGAAAAUGAGUAGUUCAGAUAGAAUCGAACUUUCGAUCGAUCCGGAUACUUGGGAUGCUAUGGAUGAAGACAUGGUUUCUUUGGAUCCCAUUGAAUUUCAUUCGGAAGAGGAGCCUUAUAAAGAUCGUAUCGAUUCUUAUCAACGAAAGACAGGAUUAACGGAAGCCGUUCAAACAGGCAUAGGCCAAUUAAAUGGUAUUCCCAUAGCACUUGGGGUUAUGGAUUUUCAGUUUAUGGGGGGUAGUAUGGGAUCCGUGGUUGGAGAGAAAAUAACCCGUUUGAUUGAGUACGCUACUAACCAAUUGCUCCCUCUUAUUAUAGUAUGUGCUUCUGGGGGGGCGCGUAUGCAAGAGGGAAGUUUGAGUUUAAUGCAAAUGGCUAAAAUAUCUUCUGCUUUAUAUGAUUAUCAAUCAAAUAAAAAGUUAUUCUAUGUACCAAUUCUUACAUCUCCUACUACAGGGGGGGUGACUGCUAGUUUUGGUAUGUUGGGAGAUAUCAUUAUUGCCGAACCCAACGCCUAUAUUGCAUUUGCGGGUAAAAGAGUAAUUGAACAAACAUUGAAUAAAACAGUACCUGAAGGUUCACAGGCGGCUGAAUAUUUAUUCCAGAAGGGCUUAUUCGAUCUAAUCGUACCACGUAAUCUUUUAAAAAGCGUUCUGAGUGAGUUAUUUCAGCUCCACGCUUUCUUUCCUUUGAAUAAAAAUUCAAUAGAGCAUUAA